AGUCUGCCGCCCGCGCCGCAGCUGAGCCGGGCGCCCCACCAUGCCGCGGGCCCCCGCGCCCCUGUACGCCUGCCUCCUCGGGCUCUGCGCGCUCGUGCCCCGGCUCCCAGGUCUCAACAUAUGCACUAGUGGAAGUGCCACCUCGUGUGAAGAAUGUCUGCUAAUCCACCCAAAAUGUGCCUGGUGCUCCAAAGAGGACUUUGGCAGCCUGCGGUCGGUCACCUCCCGGUGCGACUUGAAGGCAAACCUGGUCAGGAACGGCUGUGGCGGCGAGUUUGAGAGUCCGGUCAGCAGCACCCAGGUCCUGCGGAGCCUGCCUCUCAGCAGCAAGGGCUCCAGCCCCGCGGGGUCAGAUGUCAUCCAGAUGACGCCGCAGGAGGUCACGGUGAACCUGCGGCCUGGUGACAAGACUACCUUCCAGCUGCAGGUUCGACAGGUGGAGGAUUAUCCAGUGGACUUGUACUACCUGAUGGACCUCUCUCUGUCCAUGAAGGAUGACUUGGACAACAUUCGGAGCCUGGGCACCAAGCUUGCCGAGGAGAUGAGGAAGCUCACCAGCAACUUCCGCUUGGGGUUUGGGUCUUUUGUAGACAAGAACAUCUCUCCUUUCUCCUACACAGCGCCAAGGUACCAGACCAACCCGUGCAUUGGCAGUCAUAGUUUUGUUCCUCUCUUUCCUUCCUCAACCGACCCCAUCAACCGAGACAGUAAACACCUGAAGUCUGAAGCCAUGGACCAGCACAGCACAGAAGGUUACAAGCUAUUCCCAAACUGUGUCCCCUCCUUUGGGUUCCGCCAUCUGCUGCCUCUCACAGACAGAGUGGACAGCUUCAACGAGGAAGUUCGGAAGCAGAGGGUGUCCCGGAACCGCGACGCCCCGGAGGGCGGCUUUGACGCAGUGCUCCAGGCGGCUGUCUGCAAGGAGAAGAUCGGCUGGCGAAAGGACGCGCUGCACUUGCUGGUGUUCACAACGGACGACGUACCCCACAUCGCGCUGGACGGAAAGCUGGGUGGCCUGGUGCAGCCUCACGACGGCCAGUGCCACCUGAAUGAGGCCAACGAGUACACUGCCUCCAACCAGAUGGACUAUCCAUCCCUUGCCUUGCUUGGAGAGAAAUUGGCAGAAAACAACAUCAACCUCAUCUUUGCAGUGACGAAGAACCAUUAUAUGCUCUACAAGAAUUUUACAGCCCUGAUACCUGGAACAACGGUGGAGAUAUUACACGGAGACUCCAAAAAUAUAAUUCAACUGAUUAUCAAUGCAUACAACAGCAUCCGGUCUAAAGUGGAGCUGUCUGUCUGGGAUCAGCCUGAGGAUAUUAAUCUCUUCUUCACUGCUACCUGCCAGGACGGUGUAUCUUACCCUGGUCAGAGGAAGUGUGAAGGCCUGAAGAUCGGGGACACAGCGUCCUUUGAGGUGUCGGUGGAGGCCCGGAGCUGCCCGGGCAAACACGCGCAGCCCAUGUUCACCCUGCGGCCCGUGGGAUUCCGGGACAGCCUGGAGGUGGGGGUGACCUACAACUGCAGGUGCAGCUGCAGCACUGGGCUGGAGCCGGACAGCGCCAGGUGCAGCGGCAACGGGACUUACGUCUGCGGCCUGUGCGAGUGCAACCCCAGCUACCUGGGCACCAGGUGCGAGUGCCAGGAAGGGGAGAGCCAGAGCGGGUACCAGAACUUGUGCCGAGAAGCAGAGGGCAAGCCCCUGUGCAGCGGACGCGGGCAGUGCAGCUGCAACCAGUGCUCCUGUUUCGAGAGCGAGUUUGGGAAGAUCUACGGGCCCUUCUGCGAGUGUGACAACUUCUCCUGCGCCAGGAACAAAGGAGUCCUCUGCUCAGGCCACGGCGACUGUCACUGCGGAGAAUGCAAGUGCCAAGCAGGUUACAUCGGGGACAACUGUAACUGCUCGACAGACAUCAGUACGUGCCAGGCCAGGGAUGGCCAGAUCUGCAGUGACCGCGGGCACUGUGUCUGUGGACAGUGCCAGUGCACGGAGCCAGGGGCCUUUGGGGAGACAUGUGAGAAGUGCCCGACCUGCCUGGAUGCUUGCAGCACCAAGAGAGAUUGUGUUGAGUGCUUGCUGCUUCACUCAGGGAGCUCAGUUGACAACCAGACCUGCCAAAACCUGUGCAAGGAUGAGGUGAUCACACGGGUGGACACCAUCGUGAAAGAUGACCAGGAGGCUGUGCUUUGUUUCUACAAAACUGCCAAGGAUUGUGUGAUGAUGUUCACCUAUGCAGAGCUCCCCAGUGGGAAGUCCAACCUGACAGUCCUCAGGGAGCCAGAGUGUGGAACUGCCCCCAAUGCCAUGACCAUCCUCCUGGCCGUGGUCGGCAGCAUCAUCCUGAUUGGGCUUGCGCUCCUGGCCAUCUGGAAGCUGCUUGUCACCAUCCACGACCGGAGAGAGUUUGCAAAGUUCCAGAGUGAGCGAUCCAGGGCCCGCUACGAAAUGGCUUCAAACCCUCUGUACAGAAAGCCCAUCUCCACACACACUGUGGAUUUCACCUUCAACAAGUUCAACAAAUCCUACAAUGGCACAGUGGACUGAUGGCUCCUUCCCCUCAGAGGGCUGGAGGGGCAAGCGGUCAAGCCAGAGACGGACACGCUUUGGACAGCUGCUCGGCUUGAGCACGGUUCCCUGCACGGCCAAGCGCAGAGACCUUCCAGUGAGCCCACACAGGAAGGUGCCCGGCCGUGCCACCUGGCCACCCCUCCAAGCCCGGCGACAGUGCUCUAGGCUUUCCUCAGCACAUCCAGCUUGUCGUCUCAAUGAACUGCUGAGAUGCAGGCCGCCUCUCCCUUCCAGGAGGGCUGGGCCUCCAGUCUGGCCAGAUGAGAAGGCUCUUGGGAGUGUCAGAGUGAGUAAAACCCACACAGUCUGGCUUUGCUCCUGUUGAUCAUUUUUAAAUGAAAUAAAAUGAUCGUGCAUUUAUG